AUGUCGGACGCAUCCAUCAGCAGCUUCAAUGAUGACUCGGACCCAGACAAUACAACCUCGUCCGAAGUUUGGCAGGAUGCGCCCCAAACCAGUCCACAAGAGAAAGAGUCAUCACCCCAUAUUCGAUUUCGAUCAAAUGCGGGUUUCAUACAGGAGGCCAAGCAUGACGAACCGCCAAAAGUUUUUCGCGAAGAAUGGGAUUUGGCUCACCAUGAAGGGCUGCCUCAUCGGCCGACAAUGCCAUACUCCCAUGAGUCUGAGGAUAUUGCCGAUACACCACAGCGAGAUCGUGAGCCACAGUCGAGUGAGACGGACAGCGAGUCAGGUGUCCAAAGGAUAGACCAGAACAAGCGACCGGGAGGUGAGAAGAAGGAAGACGAGAAGAAGGAACAUGAGACUUCUGAACAGCAAUCCACACUGGAGAAAUGGCGAACUGCGACCAGGAAUUUCAGACGGAAAGCAUCAGAGUUCGGUGACCGUCUGGGUCGCCCACAGGCCGAGGGAGACGACUUAACAUCCGGGAGAUAUCACGCGGACUGGGCGACCGGUGGUGCACCUCCACUCUCUGAUGUGACAGAUGACAAGCACAAAAGUGUGGAGGCGAAGCAGCGCGACCAGAAAGGGACUAGCUCGGAAGCCCAUCGUCUAGUGCGAGAUCUGACGCAAGACCAUUCCCAAAAACGCCGCAAAGGCCGUGGGAAACCUUAUCCUCACCCCGACAACGAAUUUAAAGACGAAGAGAAUGAGACAGGAGCAGAUGCGAGCUUGAGAUAUCGCUCUGGCGGCGGCGGGAUCCUGUCGCAGUUGAUCAAACUGCAGGGUGGUCAGCAACAAGGUGCUGGAGGCCAGUCUCGAACAUCAACUGACUCAUCUAGCAGCGCAGAAUCGGCCCCCAGCGGGGCCCCAACACCAAAACCUAAGAAGCAAAAGCCAGUGAAAUGGUACAAAAAGCCCAAGAAUACGUCGAACUCGACCUUGAUUGGUGGGGGCGCAGAUAGUUUCAGUGGUGCAAGCACUCCUGUUUCAAGCGAAAUCCUAUCGCAAGCCUCGAGGCGCCGUGACAAGGAGGGUGGCGGUGGCGGCGGUGGUGGAAAUCGCAAUAUGCGGCUUGAGGAUGAGAUUCGAGUGACAGUGCACAUUGCAGAAAUUAUCUGUCGGCAGCGGUAUAUCAUGCAGCUCUGCAAAGCAUUGAUGUUAUUUGGUGCUCCCACACACAGGCUUGAAGAGUACAUGCAGAUGACCGCAAAGGUAUUGGAGGUUGAUAGCCAAUACCUGUAUCUGCCAGGCUGCAUGAUAAUGUCGUUCGACGAUCCAUCUACCCGCACGACAGAGGUGAAGAUGGUUCGAGUAGCCCAGGGAGUUGAUUUAGCUCGCCUAUCGGACACACAUCUCAUCUACAAGAAUGUGAUCCACGAUGUGAUCGGCAUUGAAGAAGCAAUUCAGGAACUCGAUGCGGUCAUCAAGAAAAAGCCCAUAUAUCACAAGUUCAUCGUCAUCUUGGUGUACGGGUUGGCCACUGCAACAGUCGGGCCUUUCGCUUUUAGUGCCAGGCCGAUUGACAUGCCGAUCAUUUUUCUCAAUGGUAUACUUGUCGGUUUAAUGCAACACGUCGCCGCGCCUCGUUCCGUGUUGUAUUCAAAUGUCUUUGAAGUGACAUCGACAGUGGUGACGUCCUUCCUCGCCCGCGCUUUCGGUAGUAUCUCCCUUGGAGUCGUGAAUGGCAAGCCACAAUACCUCUUUUGCUUUUCCGCCAUCGCGCAAUCAUCGAUUGCAUUGAUAUUGCCAGGAUUCCUUGUUCUUUGUAGUAGCUUGGAACUUCAAUCCCAUCAGAUCAUCGCUGGCUCGAUUCGGAUGGUCUAUGCUCUCCUCUUCUCGUUGUUUAUUGGAUAUGGAAUUACCGUUGGCACAACCAUCUACGGUCUGAUGGACAACCACGCGGUCUCCGACACCUCCUGCCCAGACAAGGGAGCCUUUAAGAAUCCAUAUGUUCAACGUUUCCCUUUCGUUGCAAUCCAGACAGUCUGGCUUUUGAUCAUCAACCAAGGAAAAUGGAAACAGCUUCCACCUAUGAUCAUCAUCGCAAUGGCGGGCUACAUUAGCAACUACUUCAGCACGAAGAGACUGGGAUCAAACUCCCAGGUAGCGAAUACAGUCGGCGCGUUUGUCAUCGGCAUCAUGGGAAAUCUGUACAGUCGGCUCUGGCAUGGCCAUGCCGCGACCGCUAUUCUGCCUGGAAUUUUCAUUCUGGUUCCAUCUGGACUUGCUGCGACGGGAUCUCUGAUCUCGGGUGUACAGUCCGCGGAUGAAAUUCGUCAAAGCGUCGGGUCUCAUGGUAGCAGUAGUUCAGCGCCCGGCGCUGGCUUGCAAUCCAAUUCUAUAUUCAGUCUAGGGUUUGGCAUGAUCCAGGUGGCUAUUGGCAUUACGAUUGGUUUGUUCAUUUCCGCACUGGUGGUUUAUCCAUACGGCAAGGCCCGGAGCGGACUAUUUAGUUUCUAG